CACUUUUCACAUAGAUUAAAAAGUAAAGUUGGCAACGCAGAAACAUUGCUGUUUCUGUUGCUUUCAAAAUGGCUGCACACGAACCGGGUGCUAAGCAAAUCGACGUAACUACUUUGCCAAUACCGCAUUUAAAUCAUUUGUCUCAGCAAUUGGAACAGGAGGUGGAGUUUUUAAGUAAUUCUAUAAGUCAGCUGAAAGUAGCCCAAGGGAAGUUUGCAGACUCAGAUGAAGCAGUCUCAUCUCUUAGUGCUGCUGGUUCAGACAUUUUAGUGCCACUUACAGCUUCUAUGUACGUUCCAGGAAGGAUGGGAAAUGAAAAUGAUCUCUUAAUAGAUAUUGGCACUGGUUACUUUGUCUCAAUGAGUAAAGCCAAGGCUCAAGAUUUUUUUAAAAGAAAAAUCGAUUACCUGACUAAAAAUAUAGAGAAAGUACAACCUGUGCUGCAAGAUAAGUUUAGAUCCAAACAAGUGAUCUCAGAAAUAUUGCAAGCUAAAAUUCAAGCCCAAUUGGCAGCAGCUGGCUCUAUGGCAGCUAAAGGUUAGCUGCACAGGAAGGAUUAGCUGUGUACAGUAUUUUUAUUUGACUUCUGCCAUAGUCUAGUGUAUAAACAAAAUGACUGUAUUGAGAAAGCUUGUUUUUGCAGAUGUUAGAAAUAUCCUAUUCAUAGAACUUCAUUCUAAUUUGCUUGAGAAAUAAAAAAAAAUUGCCAACUUUUAUUGUACCAAAGCUUUACUGGUAAAAUAAUGUACAUAUAAUUUGUACAAUUUAGAAGUGUGUGGUUUUUUUUUUUGUUAUUACCAGCAUCUGUAUGUUUCAUUUUUUUUAAAAAUUGGUUUGUGCUGGGUGGGGUUUAGAAUAUCAUGCACUUUUGGCUAUGUUGUAAAAAUCAUUCACAUGACUAUGAAUGUGUUUGAACAAUUUUAGUGUGUGUGUGUGUUGAAUUAUUGUUUUAAAGUCCUGAAUGAAACUUCUUUUAGUACUGUCUAACUGUAUUAUAUAUUUUAACAUACUUUUGAACCAAAAUUUUUUGUUUUGUUUUGAAUAAAACAAAAUUCAAU